AUGAGAUGGUCUCUUUGGAGAUAUGAGCUGAAACUAUUUGUUGAGAUUGCUAAGAAGCUUGGGAGAUUUGAUUUUCAGCUCGUGUCAGGUGGAAGUGGCGUGAAAGAUGUGAAAGUGACUUAUGCUUCUGCUAGGGCUCCAGAUGACCUUGAUACCAGGGUGCUCCGUGCCAUGAUCAUCGAGGGUCUAAUUGGGCCUAUAUCCAAUGUUUUUGUGAACUUAGUUAAUGUUGAUUUUAAGACUGGGGAGAUUAAGGUUGAGGGACGAGUGAAGGAUGGAAUUCCCCACUUAACCAAGGUGGGAAGUGUAUUAAGAGAGGAAAAUGUGAAUGUCAGCUUCAUGAGUGUUGGAAGGAUUGCCCCAAGGAAGCAAGCUAUCAUGGCAAUUGGAGUUGAUGAGCAACCUAGGAAAGAAACUUUGAAAAAGAUUGGUGAUAUCCCAGUUAUAAUUAAUAGCGAUUUUGUGAGAUUAAAGGUUAGGGUUCAUGAGACAAUCCUGUAUUGA